UCCUACCUUCAAAUUGAAGAGCAGUGUCUAAACAAAUAUUAGUCAUAAUUUUGCAUUUUUGCGUUUUAAAGACAAAAUGGGACUUCUUACCAUAUUGAAGAAAAUGAAACAGAAAGAAAAAGAAGUCAGAAUUCUAAUGUUAGGCCUGGAUAAUGCAGGGAAAACAACUAUCUUAAGGAAGUUUAAUGGUGAAGAUAUUGACACAAUAUCACCUACACUAGGAUUCAAUAUCAAGACCUUAGAGCAUAGAGGAUUCAAACUGAAUGUGUGGGAUGUGGGAGGUCAGAAGUCACUGAGGUCAUACUGGAGGAACUACUUUGAGAGUACAGACGGUCUUAUCUGGGUCGUGGACAGUGCAGACAGGAUGAGGUUACAGGAUUGUAAACAGGAACUUCACGGUCUACUUGUGGAAGAGAGACUUGGAGGUGCUACCUUACUUGUGUUCGCAAACAAACAGGAUCUCCCAGGAGCUUUAUCAGCUGAAGAAAUAAGAAAGGGCUUGAAUUUAGAUGAAAUAACCACCCAUCACUGGUUAAUACAGGGAUGCAGUGCAGUAACUGGUGAAAAUCUUCUAGAAGGAAUUGACUGGGUUAUAGAUGAUAUAGCAUCCAGAAUAUUUACAAUGGACUGACACAGGAAUAUUAUAGACUCAGGAUUCUUCAGAUUGAUUGUCUGUGAUAAACCAGUCUAAGAGGUUAUGAAAAAGAAUUUGGAGACCAGUCUCAGAAUGCUGUCUUGUCAUUGGCCAAUUUCAAGAAUGAACUGGGAACCAUCCAAUCAGAUGCUUGAUAUUUUAGACUGGUCUCCUGCUUAAAAACUUUAUAACCCUGGGACUAUAUAUAUGUACCAAUUUGAUAUGAGCUUUGUGUAUCACUCUCUUUGGACAUAGAGAUAUCAAGCAUGUCUGUCACUGUUGGCUUUGCAAUUGCUUUGUGCUUGAGUGAAAACCGUGUUAAGGAAAUGUUCUUCGAAAGAAUUUUGAUUAUUCUGAUCUUUUUCUCUAAGCAUAGCAUGCAUGAAAUAUGUAUCUUGUAUGAAAACUACUGUUUUUAAAGCAUUAUGGCUUUUAAAACACUAUCUGAAGCAAGUGGUUUCUAUAUAAUACAGUCGAUGUAAUUUUAAAGUUGAUUAUAAUAUUCUCUUAAUUGUUGAAUAUAUGUUAGUAUAAACUUAAACGAUAUAUUAAUGGCGGCACGGAAAUAUUAUAGAAAAAUGAGGGUUAAUGUUAAAUUAAAAAAAAUAUUCUAUACUUAAAAUUUUAUGAGAUAAGUUUGUUUGUCACUCGAGUUUUCCACGAAAAAAGGCGAAAUCAACACCCGUAUUUAUAAGUUUUUCUUUCCAAAACCAUACUAAAUGUUUUUCUUUGUUUUUUUUUUUUUUUAAUUGACAGACAAACACGGAUUAUAUUCUUAAUGAUAGCUAAAAAGGAUUUUAAAAAAAUAUUUCAUACUUUAAAUUUUAUGAUUUGAUUUCGCCUGUCACUUUAGACUUCCGUGCAAAUAGAAUCAGGCGAAAUCAACACCCGUAUGUACGUCAGGCAUGAAAAAUAGUUGUUUUAAGUGAAAUAAGUAAGUUUACAACCUCAUUUAUACAUGUUCUAACAUAUACUUGAUGCCUGUUACAUACUUCCGUAAUCCUAGCCUAUCCUCAUAGGAUUGUCUAGGAAUACGGAACUUCCGUAAUCCUAGAAUCGAAGGCUAGGAUUACGGUACUGUAAUCAUAGCCACUGCCUUAUUAAAAACUCCACUAGAAAUCAUCAACCAACUUCUUCCAGGGGACAAAACUGAUACAGUAUUUUGCAUGCUUUGAAUACAAUUACUACCUCAAAAACAUUACAUAAAUUUUCAUUUUGCAAUUUUUUCAAAGUAUUAAAACCCAAAACAAACAAACAAAUACUAAAUUAUUAAACUUUCGAAUUUUUUCAUUUAACAUAUGAUCAAGUAUCGUACAAUGGAACAUUGGUCAUACCCGAAAACUACCAACAGGGUGCCAUUUCCAUUUUUAGCUCGACUAUUCGAAGAAUAGUCUAGCUAUUCUACUCACCCUGGCGUCGGCGUCGGCGUCACACCUUGGUAAAGUUUUUGCAUGCAAGUACAUACAGCUAUCAUUUAAAGGCAUAUAGCUUUGAAACUUAUUUAUUCUUUUUCUAGGUCAAUUACCAACCUCACUGGGUCAAGUUCCAUAACUCUAACAUGUAUUUUGAGCAAAUUAUGCCCCCUUUUGGACUUAGAAAAUUCUGGUUAAAGUUUUACAUGCAAGUUACUAUCUCCAAAACUAAUGCAGAUAUUGAAUUGAAACUUCACAUGUGUCUUCGGGGUUAUAAAACUAGUUGAUAGCACCAAGUCCCAUAACUCUGACCUUCAUUUUGGCCAAAUUAUGCCCCCUUUUGUACUUAGAAAAUUUUGGUUAAAGUUUUGCGUGCAAGUACAUACAGCUAUUACUAAAAGGCAUAUAGAUUUGAAACUUAUUUUUUCUUUUUCUAGAUCAAUUACCUACCUCACUGGGUCAAGUCCCAUAACUCUGACAUGUAUUUUGGCCAAAUUAUGCCCCCUUUUGGACUUAGAAAAUCCUGGUUAAAGUUUUACAUGCAAGUUACUAUCUCCAAAACUAAUGCAGAUAUUAAAUUGAAACUUCACAUGUGUCUUCGGGGUUAUAAAACUAGUUGAUAGAAUCAAGUCCCAUAACUCUGACAUGUAUUUUGGGCAAAUUAUGCCCCCUUUUGGACUUAGAAAAUCCUGGUUAAAGUUUUGCGUGCAAGUACAUACAGCUAUUACCAAAAGGCAUAUAGCUUUGAAACUUAUUUAUUCUCUUUCUAGGUCAAUUACCAACCUCACUGGGUCAAGUUCCAUAACUCUUAACAUGUAUUUUGAGCAAAUUAUGCCCCCUUUUGGACUUAGAAAAUUCUGGUUAAAGUUUUACAUGCAAGUUACUAUCUCCAAAACUAAUGCAGAUAUGGAAUUGAAACUUAACAUGUUUCUUCGGGGUUAUUAAACUAGUUGAUAGCAUCAAGUCCCAUAACUCUGAUAUGCAUUUUGGUCAAAUUAUGUCCCGUUUCGAACUUAAAACUCUUUUGAUAUUUAACAUUUUGGGUAAUAAUUCCCUGCUUCUGUGACAAUAUUUCGAAUAGUCGAGCUUGGCUGUCUUAUGGACAGCUCUUGUUUUUUUAGUUGUAAGUUGCUGAAAUAGGUUUCUAUAUGAACCAUGGCUGUUAAGAAGAAAUAACUUUGGUGUCACUUGCAGUGCUUGAUGUUUGUUCAAUGAAGCCUAUCUAAUAAAAUGUUGUGACCAAUUUGGAAUUUAGGGAGAAUGUAUAUAAUUUGCAAAAUCUUGCAUAUACAUUGUGUAGUAAAAUAAUACAAAAUGUACAAUAACGCUGAGGUUUUGCGGCAAUUAAGUCUCAGACUUCAAUCUUGCUAUUGGUCCAUUUCAGAAUAGAUCCCAUAAUCAACCAGUCAGUUGCAAGGGUUUUGAGAAAAAGUGAUAUCUCAUCACCAGUAUAUUUGUAUCAGAUGACAGUUGUUAAUGAUAUGAUUAUUCUAAAUUAACCCUUAGCCUGCUAAAUUUCUAAAAAUCAUUCAAUUUUAGCAAUACCAUUUAUUAUUCCAAGGAGUUUACUCACUGAAUAGCGAACAGUGCAGACCAUGAUCUGUGCAGGCUGAUCUUGGUCUGCACUGGUCGCAAAGGCAGGAUCACUAGCCACCAGCAGGCUAAAAGUUAUAAGAAGAUUUAUUGUCUACUUUACAUUUUAAAUUGAUACAUGAUUUACCAUAAGUUUGCUUUUGAUGUUGUAUUCAUUUAUUAGUUUGUCUGAAUUGUGACAUGGUACAGUGACAAAAUUCCAUGCUUUUUAAAAUAAAAUGUACAAAAACUA